CGCCUAGAGGUAAAAGAAAAAAAAAAAGGAGAAAAGAAAGGAUGGGGGAAGAAGAUUCCUGGGUUCGCGAUGAACCCAGGCUUUUAGAUUCGAGACAUGAGUUUCUUGUGUAUGUUGUAAAGAGAAAAGAAAUGGUGGGACAAGUCCUGUGUUCCUGAAGAGGAUGAGAAUGGUAUUCACCAUUGAUUGUAUAUAUUAUGUGUGUUUGUUUCUUCUUUAAGUUGUAUGUUGUAAAGAAAGCAGAAAAGAAAUGGUGGGACAGGUUGUUGAAGCAGGAAGGGAAGCCUCCUGUGUUCCUGAAGAGGAUGAGAAUGGUAUUCACAAUUGAUUGUAUAUAUUAUGUGUGUUUGUUUCUUCUUUAAGUUGUUGAUUGUAUCUCAUGAGCCAACAAAACCUAUUCAGCUUC